AUGGGGCCUCCAAAACAGGUGAAAGCCUGUCUUUUUGACAUGGACGGUCUUCUCAUAGACUCUGAAUCCGUCUACACUGUGUCCAUUUCCGACAUAUUGAUCAAUAGGUUCAACAUUCCAGGCGGUCUAACCUGGGACGUAAAGAUGAAACUCCAGGGUCUUCCAGGACCACAGGCAUCCCAGACGGUGAUCGAUGAGUACAAGCUCGAGGGCAUUACUGCCCAGGAGCUGUAUGAGUGGACUUCAAGAAAACAGGCAGAAUUAUGGCCCAAGGUACAAUUUCUACCAGGAGCUCUAGAUCUGAUUAAGAAGCUCGCAGCCAAGGGGAUUCCCAUGGUUGUGUGCACUUCCUCCCACAAAGACAAGUAUUAUAUGAAAACUGCCCAUUUACAAGAGGGCUUCAAGCACUUUGAGCUCGUGAUCACGGGGGACAACCCUGUCAUUGCAGGUAAAGGCAAGCCUCUUCCAUUUAUCUGGUGGUUGGGGCUGUCAGAGCUGAAUGACAAGUUGCGCAGCGAGGGCCGUAUUCAGGAGGAUAUCAAAAUCGAGGAGGUUUUGAUUUUUGAGGACGCGGUUCCAGGCUUGAUCUCCGGUAAGCGUGCUGGUGGAUACGUGAUCUGGGUGCCUGAUCCGCAUGUUCUAGAGAUGACCAAACCGGACGAGCUGUUGGAUAAUGGUGCAAAGGGAGAGCUUCUGAGCAGUUUGGAGGAAUUCGACCUUGCCAAAUAUAAUUUAGAGUGA